CAUCCACCAAAUCUAGCUAACCGCUAUUGAUAAAGCUAGCUAGCUAACACCGACAUAGGCUAUCGUAUAAAUGCAGUUAAUGUAUCAUUCAAAGAAAAGUGAUUACUUAAAACUACAGUCUCUCAUAAUCAGACCUAUAUCCACACUUUAAGCCCCGUUUCAGCACUGGAGAGCCGAAUAUAAUGUAGUCUCAAAAUUUGUAGUAAAACAAUCAUAACGGUGUAAUGUUUAUUAUGAUGCCGGUGAAUCACGUUUAGUUUAUUUGUACGUUACGUAAUAUGUUCGCAUUAAACAGCCCCGCCCCCUCUACGCGCGUGUUUCUUGCGUCACUUGUCUGCGCGUGGUAACACUGAGCACGAGCACCGGACCCCCUCAAAUAAAAGGAAAGAAUGCUAUAUUAUAAAUUACAUUUUAAUUUUUGCUAAAUUUCAUAUACAAAAGUACAGUAAAUCCCAUCUUGAAAAAUAAACUCAAAUAUAUAUCAAGACUAUUUUUUCACCUCACAUAAUAAGAAAGCAAUUAAAACUGUUUCUGUGAGUCCUUCAAUAUAUUUACAUAAUGUUUAGCAUUCCCCCCUGGCUGUAUUGUUUUUUCUCUUUAUAUAUGUAUUAUUGUAGUUUUGACUGUGCAUUGACUUAGUUUGUUUGAAGCUUAAUAAAAAAAAAAAAAAGCACGAGCGUUCUCACACGAAAACUUGCUGAACAGCGGCCCCUAUUCGACCUGUCCGUGCACAUGACAGGGGGAAAGGGAGCGAAAUGGCGCAGUGAGUCAGAGGGAAAUUCAUUAAUAUUAAGAGGGACGGUAAAUCUAAUGCUAACUUGCUGAACUCAAAGCACGAGAGAUGGCCGAGAAAAAGCCCAAGAGAAAAAGGUCAGACGAAUAUAAAAUGAAAAAGAAGGUGUAUGAUCAGGCAAGGGCUAGAAGCCGCGUCAACAUCGGAGAGGCUUUCCAACGGUGGACGGACCUGCGGAAGCGGAAAGGCUUCAAGACGGAUGCGGAGGUUGCUCUGUUUCUGCUUGAUAGUGUAUGCGGUAAAGAGCUUUCAGGAAUCAAUUUCAGGAAACCUCGCAGAAAAAGAGGAAGACCACCGAAAAUACAUGUGCCACAAAUCGAGGAGACCAUGAGUGAUUCUUCCCAGCAGAGUCAAGAUCCACAAUCACCAAACCCAUGUCAGCCCAUCCAGGACACAGAGUUAAAAGAUCUCUCUCAGGCCAGUUCGGAGACCCAGUCUCCUUAUAAAAGUGGCAAUGUAGAGGUCUUUGGGAUCUCCUAUGACCUCCCUCAUACAUUGCAGUAUCAAUUAAAUGGACCAGCACAGUGUGAAAUAAAAAUAGAAGAUGAAUUUGACGAUGUCAGCACAAGAACGGUUUCUCCAUCAGACAAUCUCAAUUUUGCGCUUAAGAGUUCAACAUCAAGCACAAUUACAGCGGAAGAAAAUGAAGAACUCUGGAAAGAUGUAAAAGAAGAACAAGAACAAAUUGAACUUCAACCGGAAGAUCGUUUACAUGGAGCAAUGGAACUCUCGCAGACAUCAGAUAAUGAGGAUCACAUUUCAACUACACAAGGAAUAGUACAGAAGGAACAAAAAUUGGGGGUCAACAAUACCAGUUUGAAAGGACUCUUCAGGACCUGCCAUCAAUGUGGAGACCCAGUUCUUGAAUUUAAAACACUAACAUCAGGGAACUUCGUCCAUGUUCAGUGGGAAUGUUCGAAAGGACAUCUCAUGUGGCUCUACCAUAACAACAACCCAACGUAGUACAAACAGCAAAACCAGUUGAGGAAGAAAGGACUUCAAAGCGUGUCUUGGUUUAAUAAAACUAAGUGAAUACAAUAAUAAAAAGGUUGUUUGACUAAACAGGUUUUUGCUUUUCGUUGGCAUUACGGAGGAUGUUGUGCAAGACUACAUCUGUGAAUGCAUAUAUAUAUAUAUAUAUAUAUAUAUACCAUGUAAAUAUGGAACCAAUAUGGCCGCUACUGUACAACAAAAUGUGCCGGCUCUAAUGGAAUUAAAUUUUUGAAAGAAAAAAAUAUAUACACAUUUAAAUAAUAAGCAGGGUUCCCAUGGUCAUAGAAAAUCUGGAAAUAUAAGCAAGUUUUAAAUUGGUGCGUUCUAAGCCUGGAAAUUGAUAUAUUUUAAAACAUUUAAUUUACUUACACUAGAAACAAAAACACAUCAGACAAAAGUGCAACUUCUAUCAAAUUAUAUUAAGCAAGUGAAAGCGAUAAGUAAAUUGGUCAAAAGGUAGGAACCCUGAUUAAAAUAAUCAUGCUGGUCAAUUUGCAGCCUUAGUAAAUAGAUUUUACAGUACCCGGUUAGAUUCUAGUGCAUAAUGUUAAAGUUGCUUUAUCUUUUUGAAUUAGUCUUUUAUUAGGUUUUUGAAACCAAAAUAUCUCGACUGGAAGGUUAACUCAAUUUUUCAACUAGCUCUGGCCCAGAUUAAAUAUGAAUACUCCUUUACAAUUUCAUAAUAACACUGAAAAGCGCCAUCCUGGAGGUAGACCGAUAUAUCAACGCUGACAGUUUAUUUUUGGAACCAUUAGUUAGUCAAAAAUCCAUGCGGGAAAAUAGAGCUAAACCAAUUUGGACAAUAAAAAAAUAUAUCUAUUGCGACUUUGAAAAAUAUUGCAAUUACGAUUUGAAACCUUAAGCCUUUUUGACACUUCACUCUACUACAAACAGAAAUGUCUUCAAUGGCCUUUUAAUGCAGAUAAAUGUUCUCAAUCGUUCAGUCAACCUCUUAAUGGCUCAAAAGAAGCUAAAUUAAAGUUCUGGUGUGGCCUAGUCAAAGUCCUGACUUGAACCAGAUUGAGAUGCUGUGGCAGGACCUUAAACAGGCAGCUCAUGCUCAAAAACCCUCCAGUGUGGCUGAACUAAAGCAUUGUGACUGAUCUCCAGUUAUCAGAAGUGUUUGGUUGCAGUUGUUGCUACUAUACAACCAGCUAUUAAGUUUAAUGGGGCAGUUCGUUUUUUACAUUGGUGAUAAGUGUUGGAUAACUUUGCUUCAAUAAAAUAUAUAAAUAUUUGA